GUGUGUUUGUGUUGCUACACUAUUUGACAGCUCGACUGUUCUGUUCCUGCGCAUUGCCAUUACAGACCAUCCGACACCGUCGGUGGGAGGGGGCACAGUUUCUCUUGAGUUGACAGCGCAGGAUAUUAUAAAUGUGUGGUUUUAUGUAUCACGCUAAAGAUUCACGAAACGGAGGCCAUGCACCGAUCAACUCAGGUUUGAUCGUAGAAGAUGCUCGGACCUGAAGACUGGUGCUGAAAUUACGAAGACAUGAUGUAGCCAUUGAGCUGGUGAUCUGUAGCUAGUCAGCGUCCAAAGACGGUGUUUCUCGUCUGAUCGAGUUCCAACCUUCGUGAGUCAAGAUUUUCAAGCUUUCAUAAACAUGAGACUUAAGUGAACAGUGAUUAGGGAGAUGACGACUUUCCAGGACGUGAGCUGGCUGGUUCAGGUGGCGCUCUUCUGCGCCUCGCUGCUGGUCGUAUUAGCCUGGCUCAUUCAGUUCUCACUGGCGUUGCUUCGCCCUAGGUGGUGCACGAGGGUCCAGGGCAAGAGGGAGACCCCGUGGCAUCUGCCCUUGAGUCUCACCCACCAGACACUGACGGGCGGCGUGUGGGGUUCCCUCCUGAGGCUGAGGCUGGGGCGAGACGGGGCAGGGAGUGACACUGAAGCGGGCGUCAAAGGUCUUUUGUCCUCGCUUUUUGUGUUCAAGUCGUUCAGGGAGCACUGGCAGAGAGCCUGGGUCCGGGCGCUCAACGAACAGGCCUGCAGGCAAGGGAGCUCCAUUCAAAUCACCUUUGAUGACAGUCUUCAGCUCCCAACUUCUGCAUCCAUUGACCGUGUGACUUGCACUAAUCAAUCAGUACGCAGCAUGGUCCUGCAGUGCAAUUGUUCAGUUGGCACCGUAACAUUCCACGUGACUGUCACUCAGCAGUCACCUGCAGCCGUUUCCAUGGUUACCUACCAGAUCACAAUGAAGCCCAUGCAGGCCCAGUUGCAGGUCUGUCUUGAGGAAGUGGAAGAAGAGGGUCUCCUUGUGUCCUGGAUUUUUUCCAAGCAACCUCAUCUCUCUUUAACCGUAACACCAUGCCAAAGAGUCCAGAAAGAGGGCUCUGAUGUGGAAGUGGACAGUGAAAUGAUUGCGGCACUGGUGGAGGACACACUGUACACAACACACCCUGCCAUGAUCCUCAACCUGAGAGCCUGUGUAUCAAGCCCUGCGUUUCCCAGGGAGAAGCAGAUAGGUGGUCUGAACUCUCCAUCUCAGAGCAGGCGGAUUUUGGUGCACCAACUCAAAGCAACCAAUGUCAAAAAAGGAUGUCAGACUCAUGUAGGAGAACUUUGUUGUGUGCUGAGUCUGGACACUCCUUCCAUUGAAUGGAGAAGCGGAUUCCGUACUCCAUCCCCCAGUCCUGGAGCUGCCCUGCACUGGACUGACGACUUCAAACUGGAAGUAGGACCAGAAACCAAAGAACUCAAAGUAAGACUUGUGGAGAAGAACAGCAAAGGAGAACAGUUUCUGCCUGGUUGUGCUUCCUUACAACUGGAUCUCUCUAAGAGAAUUCCUAAUGGACAUCAUAAACUGUCCAUCGCACCAGGUCAUGGUCUGGCUCCAACUGCAAUUGUAACAUUAGAACUGUUGUAUUUGGAGUCCAGUGAUUUGCGUGCAUGUCAGAAUGCCACUCCUCUGCGAUCCUCGGUCACCCCCUCAAAGAAGGUGGACGUGGAUCGGACCAUCAUGCCCGAUGGCACCAUAGUCACCACAGUAACCACCAUCCAGUCACGACUAAAACUGGACCGCAAACUAGGAGACUCUCCGUCUAGGUCUCCCUCAAAGGUGGAGGUGACUGAAAAGACUCCCACCGUGCUCACAAAUAGCUUGCAGAGCACCAGUGCCAGUCCUACCCCCAGCAAAGGCACCCUCCCUAAUGGGCUGGAUCCCGUAGCAGAAACGGCCAUUCGGCAGCUUACGGAGUCGGCGAGUAAGAUACCCAAGAAGACACCUACUAAACGCAGCACUCUCAUCAUAUCUGGCGUGUCAAAGGUCCCCAUUACUGAAGAUGACUCAGCCUUAUCAGUGGGCUACGCUGCAGCAAUGGACGCAGCCCUACAGGGGGCGCAUUCUCCCAGCGGAGCCCCAAACCACCACGGAGCAUCCGCACAUCAGGAAGCAGACGAGACUACGCCGUCUGACGUGUCCGAGCGACCAUCCGUGGAUGACGUGGAGUCAGAGACGGGAUCAACCGGAGCACUGGAAACACGUAGCCUCAAAGACCACAAAGUGGGAUUCCUCCGCAGUGGCACCAAGCUUCUAUUCCGCAGGAAACACAGGGAGAAAGAACCCAGUUUCAGUCAGUCCCACGAGGACGUCUCAAACCUGGGCAAUGACUCCCCCACAGCCUCCUGCUCCUCCACCAGCCGUAAAAAGUCUGGAAGCUUCUCCCGUCGCCUCAUCAAACGCUUUUCGUUCCGCUCGUCCAAGACAAAGGGCAAAUCCAGCACAGCCAAUGGAGGGUCCAGCACUACAGAUAACUAAAGGAGAAACAGAGAGAAAGGACGAGUAAGAGAGACACGGUGCGGGCACCAGUCAAAUGAGUGUGGAAUCGGCUCCAAAUUUCUCCAGAACUUGUUAUUUAUGUUAUAUACUGAUUGUCCACAACCUGGUGGGGUAACGUAAUACUUCAGACCA